CACGCUUGCCGAGGCGACUGCGAGAGAGCGAGCGCGUCCUCCUCGGCGCGCGCCGCGAUCUGGGAUCCACAUUCGCGAUCGGAUGCCAAUUCCGCUGGCCGGCCGCUCGUUGUAGGGUAAGAUCUGAGCUGCGCGUCUAGGGUUUUAGAUUCGGCAGAGAGGGAGAGCAAGGGGGAGAUGGUCCAGCUGGGAGGAAUGCGGCGCUGCCUCGCCGCUUGGAUCCUGCUCGCGCUCGCCACUGCUGCGAGUGGCUCCCUGCAUCGAUCGAUUCUCAGCGCCCGAGAUCACACUUAUGGCGAGAAUGACAAGGUCCCUCUCUACGCGAACAAAGUCGGGCCAUUCCACAAUCCCAGUGAGACGUACCAGUAUUUCGAUCUGCCCUUCUGCGAGCCAUCAAAUCUCAAGCACAAGAGUGAAGAUUUGGGUGAGGUUCUUGAGGGCGACCGAAUGGUGACCACUCGGUAUAACAUCACUUUCAAGACUGACAAAGAGACGGAAGAGCUUUGCUCUUUCAAGCUCGAGCCGGAGACGAAACGCAAGUUCCGGAGUGCUAUUGAGCAAGACUACUACUUCCAGAUGUUUUUCGAUGAUCUCCCCUUAUGGGGCUUUGUUGGAAAGCUCCAGACCGACGAGAAAAAGGAGGAGCGCUACAUGCUUUUCACGCAUGUCCAUUUCGAGAUCGCAUUUAAUGACAAUCGGGUGAUCGAGGUCACUGUGUCAACCGAUCCGGAUCACGCCGUGGAUAUCACCGAUGAUGAGCCCACCGAUGUGAAGUUCACUUACUCCGUGAAAUGGAAGAAGACACCGAUCACCUUCGACCGAAGGAUGGAAAAGUAUCAAAAGUAUUCUUUUCUGCCGCAGCAUUUGGAGAUCCACUGGUUCUCGAUUAUCAACUCCUGUGUGACAGUGCUUCUAUUGACGGGGUUUCUGGCAACGAUUCUCAUGCGCGUCCUGAAGAACGACUUUAUCAAGUAUACUAAAGAGGAUGAGGAGGAUCCAGAGGAAACCGGGUGGAAAUAUAUCCAUGGAGACGUUUUCCGGUUUCCAAACCAUCCAAAUAUGUUUGCGGCUGUUAUUGGAAGUGGAACGCAGCUUCUAGUUCUUGCGUUAUGUAUCUUUGGCUUGGCUCUGGUGGGAGUGUUCUAUCCGUAUAACAGAGGAGCGCUCAACACAGCAUGCCUCGUAAUUUAUGCUCUGACAGCUGGUAUUUCUGGGUACGUCUCUGCACACUUGUACCGUCAAAUGGGAGGUGAAGCCUGGGUUCGAAAUCUCCUGCUCACGGCAUCACUUUUUUGCGGUCCUUUGUUUUUGGUAUUUUGCUUCAACAACACCGUUGCUAUAUCAUACCGGUCUACGGCUGCACUUCCGUUUGGAACUAUCGUGAUCAUCUUCAUUAUCUGGGCGCUCGUCACGUUCCCCUUGACAGUUCUUGGAGGAAUUGCUGGCAAGAACAACAAGAAUGAAUUUUACGCACCUUGCAGGACCAAAAAGUUCCCGAGAGAGAUUCCUGCGCUUCCGUGGUAUCGGAAAACCAUCCCUCAGAUGUGCAUGGCCGGUUUCCUUCCUUUCAGCGCCAUCUAUAUCGAGCUGUACUAUAUUUUCGCCAGUGUCUGGGGGCACAAGAUCUAUACAAUUUACAGCAUUCUAUUCAUCGUCUUCAUCAUUCUGAUCAUCGUGACUGCGUUCAUCACCAUCGCUCUCACGUAUUUCCAGCUCGCAAUCGAAGAUCACGAAUGGUGGUGGAGGUCGGUCUUUUGUGGUGGAUCCACUGGCCUGUUUGUCUACGGCUACUGUUACUACUACUACUUUGCGAGAUCGGACAUGACCGGCCUGAUGCAAACUUCCUUCUUCUUCGGCUACAUGGCGUGCGUGUGCUAUGGUUUCUUUUUGAUGCUUGGCUCCGUGGGAUACAGGGCCUCGCUCCUCUUCGUCCGCCACAUCUACAGAGCGAUCAAAUGCGAAUAAAGAAAACCAGAGAGGUGAUUGCUCGGCUGGACUUGAGAUCGUUCUUGCAUUUUGUUAGAAAGAAAAACUUCUAUGGUAUCAUAGAAAGCAAACUAUAAAGGAUAUACUUCGAAUCGACCAA